ACAAUUUAAAAGAAUUGGUCGAAUUGAGUAUGUUAAGAGCGUUCCCAUCGUCUGGCUAGGCUCCAGCUGCAGAAAAUAUUUAUUCGCUCCAGGGAGUGCAAAUUCUGAGAACAAAUGCUUCAAUGUGCAAGGCUUUAAGAUAUAUGAUAAUUGGGAGCAUUAAUACAAGGACCACAUCUGUGGAUACUUACGCCCUUCAACAACACCGGCGUUAGCAAUGGCAAUCCUCCUUGCUGCGCUGUGAAUUCUGCACUUGUAUUUAUUCCAAGGUUGAGAUAAAUAGCGCGCGCACGCUUGAAGUUUAUUGAUAUUUAAGUUAACGAUCAUCAUCAACCAACCACACACAUCCUCUGCUCUCCGGCGUCACCUUACAGCUUGCUCGACUCGACAACGCUCUCCGUUCCCUCGCAUCUUCCCCUCAUAUAUCAGGCUGCAGCAAGGCUCACAUUGUUCGACAAAUCAAGAACAACCACUUGGUUAAACGUCAUUGUUCCUCCAGCUUCUUUAUCGUUCCCCCGUAGAGCCGCACCACGCCCGACUCAAAGACAACCUGAGCCUUGCCUGCAGCCUCCCGCCCAGUCUCAACUGAAGUUCUGCAUAAAGCAAGAUAAAAUCUGCCUGAAAUCCGAUACAUCUACGCACUGCUCUCUUAUCUAUCUAAAGCGUAGUCCCACUAAUUCCAUAUUGAAACGCUUCAGAAUUGCCCCAGCGCCGAACUAUCCCUUCGAACUAUGGAGCCCAACCCCUUUCACAACCCUAUGUACUCCGACGACAUCGAGGGUGAGAAUAUCUUUCUGGAGCAUGGAGAUGCUACAACUACAACGGAUCUGGUGGAUCUACCUGCAGAUUUUGAUGAGGAUGGGUAUCCACUCUCUGAAGAGGAUAUGCUCGACAACGAUCUCCAGCGGCUCAGCUCUAGAGACACUGAUCCUCGAUCAAUUGCAUCCUCCGAAGCAGAGCUGGCUAUUAUACAACCCAAGCCCAUCGAGUCCGAGGAAAUCGAGUCUAAGGAAAUUCCUACACGUCCUCCCUCCCCCGAAGCUUGGUCAGCGGCUGCGCCUAAUCGUUUAUCGCAAACGAAUUUUCAAGGCCAGGAUCUCUCUGACUUGUCUGCAAUACCCAGGCGGAGUUAUGGUGAUCGCGAUGAAGAUGAUUCCCAAUUAGGAGACUCGAGUGGUUCAAACUUUCCCAUCUUGUCCAACUCAUCUCAGAGUGCCGAUUCCAAUGGGCCAGGAGAAGUGUUGCCAAACCGUAAGCGUCCCCGAACUGCAACCGGCACUAGCUUAUCUGCCAAUUCUGGACAUUCUGGAUUGAAAUCUAGGAAAAUUACCCCAUCUCCAGGGGAGAAUAGUGGCUCAUCGGCCGUCGUGUUGAACAGCUUACCAGUCCGCCAACUUUUUGCCUUCUCUGAUGAUUUUGAAGAGAUAGAACGUGAGCAGCGGGAAGCCGAGAAUUGGCUUAAACAGAAGAGGGAACAGGAGCGCUUGGAUGAAGAAUUCGCUAGGUCGUUACAGCAACACUGGAAUGAAGAGUCAUAUUCAUCCAGCUCAGGAUCCUAUCCUACGCAUCGUGGAAAACCUGGAAAUUCGUCCAAAUUUAAAGAAAACUAUAUUGAAAUAGCCAGCGACAGUGAACUUGAAGAGGUAUACCCUCAAGCUGGCUAUGCCGCCGCGAGUCGUUCGGCUCCGUCAAGUCAUAAUCAGUGCCGCACAACAUCAGAUGUGAGGGGACUCUGGUCAAAGGAUAAUAUGGUGCAUGAAACUUCUUCUAGCUGCUCCACCUCUCAUGAGUGCGAUAAUUCGAUCAUACCUCGAGGCCAUGGAUUUGAAUAUUCUACAUAUUCCAGCAAUUCCAUGUCGCCCAGAAAUCCAAAUAUGUUCGGAGCUGAGCCAGGCGCCAGUGGCUCACACAGUUGCCAUCCCGAUUCCUUCCGCGAUGGUAUUGCUGACUUAAUAUACAAGACUUCAUCGGAGCUUGAAACACGUGGCAUGAGUUCGAGUGACUUCAAGUCAACGAUCUACGAACAGAUAACCCCCAAUACUACGAUGGAUGAGUUGAAAACACUCAUGGAAAAUAUUAGGCCUGACCAGGAGCUUGACUGCAAUCGCGUAGGCACCCCGGAAGCUUUACAAUUCACCUUGAUGGAACACCAAAAGCUCGGUUUGGCUUGGAUGAAGUCUAUGGAAGAAUGCUCCAACCGAGGCGGAAUUUUGGCCGACGACAUGGGCCUGGGAAAAACCAUACAGGCCUUAGCUCUCAUGGUUUCCCGACCCUCGACAGACCCUGAGCGAAAAACGACUCUCAUAGUUGCGCCCGUUGCGCUGAUCCAACAAUGGAAACGGGAAAUUGAGCGGAUGCUAAAGCCAACACACCAACUGACUGUGUUCAUUCUACACAACGAACGAGGUGUAAAGUAUAACAAUUUGAAAAAGUACGACGUUGUUCUAACAACCUACGGUACUCUGGCUUCAGAACUGAAACGACUGGAGGUCGCAAGGAGGAUGAGGACAGAGAACGAACAUACCUACCGAAAUAUUGAUCCUGACGAGAAAUUUUCAUUGCCGCUUCUUGGAGAGAGGAGUACGUGGUACCGGGUAAUCAUAGAUGAAGCCCAAUGCAUCAGAAAUAAAGCCACCAAAGCCGCCCAAGCGUGUUAUCGUCUGAAAUCAACUUAUAGGUGGUGUAUGACUGGCACUCCAAUGAUGAAUAAUGUGUCGGAAAUUUACUCCCUGAUUAAAUUCUUGAGAAUCGGGCCGUACAAUGUUCUUGAAAAAUUUAAUUAUACGUUUAGUGUAUUACAACGCGUUAAUAUACCUCCGGGGUUUCCUCCCAUGAAAAAGUUUCAAGCUCUGCUGAAAGCUAUACUUUUACGUCGGACGAAAUCGUCGGAAAUCGAUGGCAAGAGGAUUUUGCAGUUGCCCCCGCGGACGACUGAAAAGACAUACGCUACAUUCAGCGAAGAUGAAGAGUCACUCUAUGAUGCUCUAGAGUCCAAAACUCAGGUUAGGUUUAAUAAAUACCUUCGUGAAGGAACAAUUGGCCGCAAUUACUCCAAUAUUCUUGUAUUGCUUCUCCGACUACGGCAGACAUGUUGUCAUCCGCACCUGAUUGACGACUUGUCAGUGGAGACAAUUGCUGAAGCGGCUAAAAUCGAUCUGAUCGAGAACGCAAAACGGUUCGAGCCAGAUGUCGUCUCGCGUCUGAAGGCGAAUGAAGACAUGGAAUGCCCAGUCUGCUUCGAUGUGGCAGAAAACGCAAUCAUUUUCUUUCCAUGCGGCCACAGCACAUGCGCUGAGUGUUUUGCUAUCAUAUCGGAUCCUUCUCGGCUGCUGGCACAAGGCAUUGAUGGCGAAGCUUCUAUUAAAUGCCCCCAUUGCCGCACACUUAUCGACCCCAAAAAGAUAACUGAUAACAUCUCGUUCAAAAAAGUAUUCUAUCCCGACGACCCAAGCAGCGCAGAUAGGGAGGAUGAUUCGGGGCCAUGGCUCAAUGACGAUGGAGACGGUGACAUCGGAAAGGGCAAGGGCAAAGCAGUCGAAAAAAAGUCGCUAUCACAGUUAAAGAAACAGGCGGUGAGAAACGCCGAGGCGAAGAAAGAGUACAUUCGCUACCUCAACGACAAUUGGGUGACUAGCGCUAAGAUCGAGAAAACAAUGGAAACCCUUCGCAGUAUUCAAUCCCGCAUUCCCGAGGGUGAUGACCAACCAGAGAAAACUAUCAUCUUCAGCCAGUUCACAACCCUCCUAGACCUUCUUCAAGUCCCCAUCGAAAGAGAAGGGUGGGGCUACUGCCGAUAUGACGGCAGCAUGCAGCCCAGCGAGCGCAACGAAGCUGUCCUUGAGUUCUCUGACAGUAAAGACCGUACAAUCAUGCUCAUUUCCCUGAAGGCCGGGAACUCAGGCCUAAACCUCACCGUCGCUUCGCAGGUCAUCAUUCUUGAUCCGUUCUGGAAUCCCUACAUUGAAGAGCAGGCUAUCGAUCGUGCACAUCGCAUUGGACAAUUGCGACCGGUAAUGGUGCAUCGCAUCUUCGUGAAAGGAACAGUCGAGGACCGUAUCCUCGAGCUACAGGAUCGGAAGCGUGCUUUGGUAGAGGGGGCAUUGGACGAGAAGGCCAGCCAGACAAUCGGGCGCUUGAAUACACGUGAACUCGCCUUCCUCUUCGGUGUCACAACACAAAAUUAGAAUUCAAACAGGGAUGCAGACUUUUGCCGUUCUUCUGCACCCCUGUGAUCUAAGUAGAGAACCUGUUCCGGCAUCGUUGUCGAACUUCGAAUAUUCUAGAAUACACCAACAUAACAGCGGAUAGGGUGAUAGAUUUCAAACUGCAUCCUUCACAUACAUUCCAAUGCCCCAAAUACAACCCUCUUUUUUCUGCUAUACCCCCUACCUUUUCCGGGAGUUUCAUAAUCUAAUCCUUACUCUUUGUCUUUUCCUUAAGCAGGGCCCUUAAUUCACCCUACUCUCUUCCUAUAUCCUAUAUUUUGUUGUCCAUCAACCCUCCUGUUUACAGCAGUAUUUUUUACACCUGACCCCUUUUCACUAAAUCCCUCACCAUUUCAGAAACACCCUCUACCACCUUUCACAGAACUGGCAGCGCCAAUUUUCCUUUCUUGUUUGUCCUAUCUACAUUUCCUUUUCUUUUCCUGUUACUAGAAGAUACAGGUACGGGGUAGCGUCACCUCACCCAUAUGCUAUUGUUUUUUCUAUCUAGAGGCCGGUUGGCCAGUUCUCGCAACCGAUGCUUUAUUGUUGUUGUUAAUUAAUUAUGAUCAGCCGGGCGCCUUGACACUCAUCUCAGUAACUUUCGGGCUUCGGACAUGUCAGGCAGUUCGUCGGGCCUUUCACUAUCAUUUUUACCUUGUCUUAAAAAGAUUUAACUUCCAAGGCCAGCUAGCUACAUGUAUGGUACGUAUAUUACAUUACAUUAGUACACAUGUAUAUCGCUACGGAGAUUUCUAUUUACACUUUUCCACUACCUUGUCAUUUCGUGAGGAGGCGGAUAUUUUUGUGUCUUGACUUGAUCUUCUAACUGUCCUGAAUGUGGCAGCAUGGUCUUGUACAUGUUGUAAAUGUACUGUACCUGUACCCUUUUUUUCCCGGCAAAAAACCAUCUGAGCAUCAUUUUUGAAAAACAACAAACAAUAAUCACAAGUGAGAUUCAUGUCCAACUAACUAUUCAUUCAUUCAAGAUUAUGAAUGACUCUUUGUUUCACAAGCAUCUUUCACAGAAGUUUUAUCUAUGUUAAAACCCUCUGUUUCAUACAUAUCUGAACUAACUAUGUCUCUUCUUGACCAGUGUACUAUACAAAUAAUACAUAUAUUUUAUAUUAUUAUUCAUCAAGUUUUUUACCUCAGUAUUUGUUAUACAGUGUUAGAUAUGUCAGGUCACAUAUUCUAGCUUAUUAAUUCUUCUAUCAUAUAACUUCUCACAAGCUAGUAAUCUUUUUAAUCAAGUAAGCUUUACAUCUUUUACAGAUUAUGAAACUUAUUUUACACAUUAACACUGUUACUUUAAGAUUUCUUGUCAA